AUGGCGCGUGGCUGGAUUCGGGUUGUCUGCGACGGUCGGCGCGCGGGGGCGUGCUGCUCGGACGUGGCCGGAGCGUUCGACUGGGUCAACUCCGACCGCCUCAUGGCUGAAUUACGCGCCGUGGACGGACCUCUCUCCAAGCCUGUCUUGCUUCAAGACAUGGCGCUUCAAGGCGCGGUUCUGGGGCCGCCGUUGUGGAAUGCGCUUCAUGGCGUUGCCGAACUUGCUGCGUCUGCGGCCGAUUUCACGGAGUGCGUUUUCGCUGGCGUCUUCAACUGCUGGAAGGAGUUCGACGGCGUGGUUUUCGAGGCGACCAAAGAGAGCAUGCACAUGCUUGACGAGCGCCGCCCCCGCGGGGGCGAUUUCAAGAUCCUAAGCGUGCUCUUCGACCCCAAGUUGACCAUGUACCGUGCCGUCCAAGAGGUUGCUCGCGAAGCCUCUUGGCGGCUCCGCGCGCUGCUUCGGUCUUGCAGGUUCUACAGCACAGCUGAGCUCUUCAGACUGUUCAAAUGUCGCGUUGUCUCACUCGUGAACGGCGCUGCCCCAGCAAUCUUUCAUGCCACUGAUGCUGUCCUAGCUCCGUUAGACGGCUUGCAGGGGGGUUUGCAGCAGGCGCUCGGGGCCUCCGAAGCAAAAGCGCUUUGUGACUGCAGCAUCGCCCCGGCAUGCAUGAGACGGGACUUGUCUGUCUUAG